GAGCACGUGAGUAAUCCCUGGCUCACGUGACGAAUACUUUUAGUCAUGGCCGACGAGUACAGGCGACAGGGUUUCGAGUUGGAGAGAAGGAUAUUUGAGUUAGACAUCAAGUGUUCUAGUCUCAGAGCCGAAAAGCAAGAUGAUGACUAUUUGCAGAAUGCGUCCGUCAUACUAGACAAGUUGAAAAGCUAUUACAGGCAAGGAGGGGAGAGUAGCAACCUUUCCAAGGUUCUCCAGGAUUACACACAGGUGAUCCUAGACAUCACGUUUUAUGAAGAGAACAAACUGGUGGACCAGGAAUUCCCUGAGGACUGUUCACCAUUUAAAAUCCAGCAGCUGCUGCAAGAUCUGACUGAGCCAGAAGUCUUGGCGGGGAGGCUAGCACCAGCACAAGAAGUGCAGUCUGUGUUGGGCCUUGAGCUGUUGGAAUGCCUCUAUUGGAGACGUGGAGCUCUGCUGUACAUGUACUGUCACACCCUUCAUCAGCGAAAACAGUGGAUUAAGAAAAACAAGGACACAUUCCUUAAGUGUAUUCAGGAGGGGGUGCGCUACCUUAUGAGGAUGCUGCAGGUAAGAAACUCUGUGAAGCUCAACGAUGGGGUGGUGCUCCAUGACACUGCUACAGCAAGCUUCCUAUCUGAAGGCAUCUUCUCAGACACACACCUGUUGACAAUGAUGUACAUCGGGGAAAUGUGUUUCUGGGCAGUCAAGUACGAAGACUGCAGCGCUGACACAAUGGAUCGCAAAGAAGAUCGGCUCCAGUUUCGGGACAUUGGCACGCAGAUCCUCAACAAAUAUGUGCUUGCCUGUGAGGGCCCGCUGCAGGGCCAGGGCUGGAACACAGAGAAUGCCAAGGAAAUCCUUAGUAUUUUACAGUGAACCAAGCUGCUCCUGUGUUGAAGUUGCCCUCAGGCACAGAUCUAAGUUCAGUAUUCAAAUGUGUGUCAACCCCCAAAUAAAAAUGGAAUCGAUCAGG